AUGAACUAUUUGGAAACACAGUUAAAUAAAAAGCAAAAACAGAUACAGGAAUACGAAAGUAUGAAUGGCAACCUGAUAAAGAUGUUUGAGCAAUUGUCUAAAGAAAAGAAAAAUGAUGAGACACCAAAAAAAAUUUCCUCGACGUACAUUAAAGAGUUAAAGGAGUACAACGAAUUGAGAGAUGCCGGUUUAAGGUUGGCCCAAAUAAUUGCUGAUGAAAAGCAAUGCAAAAUUAAGGAUGUUUUUGAAGAGAUCGGUUAUUCAAUGAAGGACUAA